AUGCGUUGGGUGGCUCUGCUCAAGAACUUUCUGGCCAGACCUCGUUUGGCCGCCCAACGCGCCCCUGUACUCGCCCACCCUACUACUGUAAACCGCGUUUUUCAACUUCUACUUCAAAUAAAAAGGUUCAGGACUCGCUAUGCACGACGCGGCACGUCUCACCGACGUCUUCAUACCGUAACACGUUGAGAUCUUCCUCUCGAUGCACCCUCAGAUCUUCGGCUUCUGGCGGAUCCGUGGAUUCUAGUGUUCUUCUGCUUCCGACGACGAGCCGUGGAAGGGAUCGGAGGAAGAAGGAAAAUAUCAAUGCUGGUUGGUUUUAGAUCAGUUUAAAAGGGCAGGGAAACGCUUCAAAAAUUCUUGGAACAGAAAAAAAAAGCACUGACUUUUUUCAUUCAUAUCUGGUUAGUUUCAGCCGAAAAAUGGAAUUUUGAUAGAACUUGAAUAAGUGUUAUUCAGUCCCUUCUGAUUCCAGAAAAAAAAGAAAAAUCCCUCAAUGUAUCCCUCAUAGUCGAGUCAAGCCGCUUCAAAAGGUUCAAAUAACGCGACUUCUUCAAAUUUUGUGUGUAGUUUGACGCUUCAUAAUUCGAUUAUAAGGCAGAUUUUAAGGCUUUUUUUUCGUGCUGUGGAACCAGAAGAAAAAGAAAUAAUCAGCCUAAGGUCAAAAAAUUCAAAGAAAAUCGCAUUUUUAAGCAAAACCACGGGAACAAAAUGGAAAAAAAAUCACUAAAAGUACAGUAAAACGUUCUAAUUUAUCCUGAAAAACUGCUCUGUUUAAAUUGAAAACUGUAAUUUUUAUACAAAAAAAUGAAUCGAUUCUACAAAAAUACCUAUUCUUUCAGAACUUUACGGAAAAACCUUCUAGGAUUACCUUUGAACCAUUAAGUAGUUGUUCAACUUUUAAAAAAAGAUAAAAAUUGAAUAUCACUCACGUUGAACUUCUCAGAAAACGUUUUCAUCAUUUCAAAGUUCUUAUUCAGAAACUUGAUAACGUUAAAGUCAGUAAGCAAUGUUGGAAGAAACGCCUUGGAAGGGAAAAAAAAACGAAAUGAAAUUUUAAAAACUUUUUUCGAAUUCAAAGGAAAAAAGGCCCUGGAAUCUCCUUCCAAAGAACGAAAAGCUGAGGAGACACAGAAAAUGAGUAAAAUGAGUCAUGAGACGGAAAUUUCUGAACGAAAAAAACUUCAAAGUAACUCCAUAAUUGCUUUCGGGGGCUUUUCCAGACAUGAGGACCGUUUUUCGAACUCUUUAUUACCUAUUUUGGAAACGGGAAAACUUGGGAUAGAAAAAACUAAACUCUUGUCAAAAUUUAGCCCUUUUAUUGUAGCCGAUAACCUUUAUAGGGAAAAAAGUUUGUGCGUAAUAAAUCGGGCCUAAUCUGCGACAGAUCACAGGUGAGAAUAGUCGUAAACGGGAAACCUUAUUUUACGAGUUCUGGAAAGGUUGUUUUGCGUAUGUCACAUUAUUGCCAUUUUUAUAGGUGUCUGAUAUUAACAAGUUCCUGGUGUUGAAAAGUGCAACGUGUAGGGCAGAAAACACGGCGAAAACGCGAGAUUUUCGACACUUUUUGAAUCCUUUCCAAGCUUUCUGUGAUUUCAAAUCGUGAAAAAAAAGAAAUGGGAAAAUUGUUAGUGGCCACUAUAGGGCUUUGACGUUUUAGUGGAUACUAUAGUAGUCGAAUUAGUGGCCACUUAAGGGGUUAAAAAUUUGUGGCCACUAUAGAGGUCUAAGCGCUACUAAUAGACUACUAGAAAUUUUAGUGGCCACUUUAGGGGUCAAUGGAUUAACAUAACUGGUCCUAUCUGUUUGUUUUAUAAUUAUCAGAGUUACUGGAAAGAAUACUGGAUGAAAAACUACUAAAGUGGCCACUAAAUAGAGAACUUCUAUAGUGGCCACUAAACGGAAAAUAGUGGCCACUAUAGAGGUGGGUUUAGUGGCUACUUUAGUUUCCUCCCCAAGUAGUCCUUGGCGAGCCUCUAAAUUUUUCCAGUAUAGGGGACCCUCUGUAGGUUUUCCUAACCCCUAUAGGGAACAUUCUAGCAUUCCUAAUAAAAUUGAACUGUCUGAAUAUUGGCUUUGGAGGAGUUUUUUAGUGAAAUUUUUGGAAGUCAAAAAAACAUUUCGCGGUCUUUCUCUAGGAAAGGUUAGAAAAAGGACAACUUUUUGAACCCUAAUAGAAAGUUUUGCUCUUUUUUUCAAAAUCCUCGAAAGGUCCUUUUUCAUAAGUUUUAAAAGAGCACCUGCCCUUUUUUCUUGUUCUUUUUUCCCGACAAAGAAGUUAAUUUACUAGGAAAUUCACAAAUUUCUGAAAAUUGGCCUGAACAUUUUUUGAAUUAACAGAUAAAGUUCAAAGGCAUUUCAACCUGCAAAAGUUAUGAAAGUUUUACUCAGGAUCUCAACCUGGUACAUGAAUUCAUAUCCUGGCUGAAUUUCACAAAAUUCCAGAGUUUUUAUUGAUUCUCUUUCAAGCAGGAAAGUGGAAUGGAAAGCUAGGAAAAAAAAAAUAAAAUAGUUGAUUUUAAUGAGAAUGAGAAUAUUCCUAUUUCUGGAGAAUUCGGUUGAAAUCGAUUAUUUUAACAAUUUAAUAAAAAAAGAUUAUUAUAUCAUUGAACCUUGAAAUCAAAGCGAAAUUCUCACGCAAAGCCGGAAUGGUGGAUAAUAGCCGCUAAAGAGAAGAGGCUCAAAAAAGGCCGCAGAAAGACAGCAAAAGGGCAGCAAAAAGGCGGCAGAAAAGCUGGAAAAAAGGCUGCAAAUAGGCAGUGAAAAGGCUGCAAAUAAGGAGUAAAGAGGCAUCAAAAAGAGUCCCUCUAUCAAGCCUUCCUUUUCUCUGAGAUUUUAAAGACCCGAAAAAUGGUGAAAAAAAGGAGAGGUAGCAGAAAAGGUGCAUAACGGCUGAGAAAAUGGCGCAAAAAGGCAGCGAAAAAGGAGCCUUUUUUACUCUAAAAGGAACAUUUCAAUGGAGCCUUUCUCCACUUUUUCCGACUUUGCCCAUGUUUCAAAAUUCGAGCUGAAUAAGGCCCUGGGACCCGUUCAGGGCUGGCAGGCUCUGCCAAAAAUAAUAAAAACUGUACUAAAAACCAAGUUCCCCUCAAUUUUUCAGCCAGAUCCGAUCGUUCCAGCCCUCGCUUCUGCAUGUCGCCCUUGUACGUGAUCAGCCCCACCGAUGUAGAUCUUGGAAUACAUUUUUAUUGAUUUAUGAUGAAAUUCUGCAGAGAUCCGUCAAGAUGAACGCUCUCUGUGUGGACACCAACAUUAAUCAGGCCAACUUUUUGAUGUUGAAAAAAACGCAGAGCGGAGUUUGGAACUGCACCUUUCCAGAUGAUACUGUUGUGGUCGGUUUUCAUAUAUAGCCCAUGUACCACGACCUGGAAUUUCACCAAACGACAUUCCGCUAUGCCGCUGCGCGCCUUUGUGAAACUCGGUCGCUCUUUUAAUUUUUUUUUUUUUAAUAAGGUUCUAAUACUUUCAAGCGUUCCCACAGCAAUGACAAUUAAUUUAAUCCGGGACCUAGGUUUGAAAGACGCAGCGGAACAGCGGUAUGUCGUUCGGUGAAAUUCCAAGUCGUGGCACACGAACUAUAGCCUUUCAUAUAUUUUGCUCAGGAAUUCCAGAGUGGUCCCUAUAGGGACAGCCUCAAAGGCGCUUGAAAACCCCCUCUAGAAGCGCCUACUUCCCAUAACCCCUAUAGGGACAAUUGUGGCGUCUCUGAGUAAGACAAAAAAUGAAUAAAAUGCUUUCGUGGUGAAAUAACUUUACGAAACCUUCUCAUGCGCCUUCAAAAUUUACCUCACUUCUUCGUCUCACGUCCCGCCGUGAAAAAGUGUCUUCAUUUGCAUUUCUGGCCUGUCUUCCCCUUCAUGUGCUAUUUCCGCGAAUUGGUGAGAGAUAAGAGGGCACAGACAGAUCAGAAGAUUUCUGAAUGAAGUUUUUUUUCACAAUUUUCUCCCUUCAGAUCUACACUGACGCCUCAUACAUGCCCCGGACGAAUGCUUCUGGAAUCGGAAUUUAUCAUGGCCCGGGACACGAACUCAACAGGUUCUGUUCGCAUUUGGAAUGUCUUGAAACUUUGACGUCACGUGGAAUAUCCUUCAAUGCUUUCCGAUGCUUUAACGCGCUAGUUUUUUUGGGUCGGUCGCGGGAAAAAUCUUUUUUUGUAGAGCCUCAGCGACUCUGGGUUUCCAAGUUGUAGGUUAUGGAGUAUACAUAACAGAAGCGUUUUUUGCUGAUUUAAAAAAAAAGUUUUUUAUUCAAGACUUUUGACCUAAAAUGAGUCAUUUUCCAAAGAAAUAUAUGUUUUGCUUUUUUUAAAAGAUAUUUUUCGAAAUAAGGAAAUUAAGACGGAAGGAUUAUCCACGCCUUCCAAAUUAAGGGAAAUCGUCGUAAAAUGAGGAUUUUGCACGAAAUUGAAUUGAAAUUUUAACGUCAUCUGGCUCUCAUAAUGACAAAAAUUGAUAAGAAGGGGUUUUCCUUUGAAGUUUUCAAAAUCUUGCGAGCUGUUGAAUAUUAAUGCAGGAUUUAUAUGAACUUUCAAUAAAACAUUGAUUUCUCCUGACGAAAUAUAAAUAAAAAUCCUUAUUUGAAGGUCCCACCGAGUCCGAGGAACCAUUCAGAACAAUAAUUAUGCGGAAAUGCUUGCCGUGAUCGUGGCUUUGAGAGAUUUGCUCGCCUGGGAUGGAUACAGGUAUCAAACAGAAAAUUCGAAAAAUGAUCCCUUUAAAAAAGUUUUAUUCAAUAAAGCUUCCCCUGUGAGUAUAUUCUGUUGAAAAUAUAGUCAAUGUUUCCCGACUUGAAAGGCGAGGGAGGCGUGGCAAGGGGCGGGGCGCGUAGCGUGUGCGUACGCGGUUCUUGGCACGUGUUCAAUUCAAGCGCUAGCGAGCAUUCAGAGAGCUUUUUUUAUCGCUCUUUUCACUUCUUUUUUAAUUAUUUAUUGAUUAUGUUCAUGUGUGCUUCAAAAAAUAGAAGAAAAUAAAAAAAAGAGCGGUUGCCGAGCUUUUUAAAUAGUCGGCGGCGAUUGAAUUGAACUGGCGCCAAGAACCGCGUACGCACACGCUACGCGUCCCGCCCCUGCCCCCGCCUCCCUCGCCUUUCAAGUCGGGAAACAUUGACUAUCGAUCAAACUUGCCUUUUUUUCAAAUUUCAGGGUUUUUUUCUAAUUUUUAAAUAAGAUCAACUUCUUUAAAACGAAUCGCUGGUUUACAAAUAUAAAUAUUUAUCUUCCAGCGGUCAGAAAGUCAUAAUUCGAACGGACAAUCUGGCUGUGGUGACCGCUGUGACGAAAUCCGGUGGAGCGUGAGUUUCUUAAUAUAUAUUUUUUUCAAAUUAUUGAGAUUAUUCUUGAAUUGAUCUCUAUGGUUUCUUGAAGAACUUUAAUAUUUUUAGAAAAAUUAAAAUUGAACUGAUAGCCGAAAUUUUAUUUUUUUCCUAUGCAAAUAUUUUUUUAAAUGGAAUUGAAACGGCUCAAAACGACGUGGUUGCGUGGAUUUUUCCAUGAUUACCGAUACCAACGGCGAAAGUCGUUUCAGGUCGGGCGCGCAUCGAAGCGACGCUCAAUCGUGUUUCGAAGUUAACUUUCGGAAAUUUUCACCUUUCCCUGCAAGAAAAUCUCAAAUUUUGGAAAAAAAAAGGAAGAAAAUAAAGUCCGUCUGCCGCGACUUGACAGUUUUCGCGUGUCUCCGUCUCUCUGUUCCCUUACCGACGUCGUCAGAAAAACAUGGAAAUAGCACGUAAACAUGAGAGAGACGUCGAAUGACAAGGAGGGCGCAGAGAAGUCGCAAAAACGAACUAUAAACUAAUGAAUAUUCAAAAAAAUUGACAAUUCCAAAUUUCUGUAUUUUGAAGGUACCCGGAGCUGACGGAAAAGCUACUGGCUCUAGCGGAACAAUUCCCAAAAGGCGUCAGCUUCCAACACGUCUACGCGCAUGAAGGAGAUCCUGGCAACGAAAUGGUCUCUGAAUUCUGAAUUUUCGAAUCAAGAAGCUUCAUAUGUUUUCAGGCCGAUACUCUAGCCGGAAUCGCCACUUCCCGAAGGAGCAAGUCUGCAGAGCCGCGGGCACGGUCCAGACCUCGCAGCCUGAGUCGCGGUGAGAUCAACCUUGAUCUUUCAUAUUUUUUAAUUUUCUGAGUUUCACUUGAAACAGGCAUGAACCAGUAAAAGCACAGCAAGAAAAAGUUACAGUAUAGUCUGUGUACCACGCCUUGGAAUUUCACCGAACGACAUUCCGCUGUUCUGCUGCGUGACCGGCCGCGCCUUUAAUUUCUCAUUUUAUUUAAGAACUCGACCAACACGUGUUCCUAGUGGAACAGUCCAUCUAUCAGAAAUGAGAACCAAUUCAAAGCGCGACCAAGGUUCGCAAAGGCGCGCAGCGAAACAGCGGAAUGUCGUUUCGUGAAAUUCCAAGUCGUGAUACACAGUCUAUAACUAGCCCGAUAAAUUAUCUGUUUUUCGAAUUCAAUGGCCUUUUUAGACAGUUUUUCAACAUCGAAAGAAGUUUCUCAUCCAUCUUUCAUUAAAAGAUUAUCCAAAAGUUGAAUCGUCUUACUUUAUACGAUAGCCUAUGAAAAAGUGAACUUCAGAAAGAAACCGAAGUCGGUCAAGAUCGAAUGAGCCGGAGUUCGUCCGGAGCCACAGCGCCCACGUCCGUCGGUCCUCUGACAGACCCCUGAGAAGUCCCAGUCCGCCUUCCAAAAGGCCAAGAAGGAAAUGAACUUUUUCAAUCUGAAUUCGUUUUUUGUGGUUUGAGGAGCAAUUAAGACCAGAUUUUCCGUGAAAAAAACUGAAAAUCACUAGAUUUUUUUUUUGGAAUAGCAGUGAACGCAGUCGGUUCUGAUUUUGAACCACAAUUCUUUUGCCGCAUUGCACGGGAUGGCUCGAAAAUGUUGACGCUAAUGCGGCCGCCGAGCUUCGCCUCUUCCCGCCGUAGAGAGCAAUCAUAUUCUGAAAACAUGAAAUGGUGAUGAUAAUCGGCCGAUUGUUGUAGCUGUGCGAGAACGCCGAGGUGCAUGCACACGACACACUACACUUUACGGGAAAAGUAUGGGCGGAGCGGCAUAGCUCAGCUGCUAAAACACAUUUCUAACGUCCGCGAGGUCGUAGGUUCGAGUUCCCCCGAGGUCGACCAAGCCUUUCAUCCCUCCGGGGUAGAUAAAAUUGGGAGCUGCAUGCAGCGAAAAGGCUCAAUCUCUGCCAUCGGCCUUUGGAAAGCCGGCACCGUACUUCUUCCUACGACCUCUCUUGUACCUGAUGAUCAACAAGCGAAAUUCACAACUUCUCUGCUUAAGCCACAGCUCCUGCCGCCGUUUAAACACAGCCAAAUCAAUGAAAGUCGAUUGCACAUGAAUUAUUACAUUGAAGAUGCAAUAAACAGUUUAAACAGAAAAAACGCCGUGAAUGACGUCAUUGGGCUUGAAAUUCGAAAUACGAAAUAGACUUUUUAUAAAAUAUAUGAAAGAAUCAAAAAAAAAUGAUUGAAGAUUGCAAUCUCAGGCCAAUUAUUAUUUUUCAAUGACCCCGAAGACUUUUUCAACGUUGUAGAUGGCGCUUGAAGAUACUCCUGUCCUUAGUUUUCUCUUCAAACCGUCGAUCUUCUGAUUUUCGACGAUUUCCCUACUAAUCCAUAUUUUCUAUAGCCUCAAAUAUUUAUUCAAAUAAUCCUGCUUCGUCCCGUUUUAAAGCUGCAGCAACCCUGAAUGCUACCCAAAAAGACCAUUUUUGCUCUUUUGUUUUUCAUUUUGUUGGCGACACUUGGUUUCUUAAAUCAUGAAUACAAGGAUGUGGAAUUUCCCAUUCCCGAAAACGGCUUCCUUCCAGAAAAAAUAAUCCGUAAAAUGCGCUUCAAAAAUGGUUUGUUUUUUUGAAGUUCACUCUACAAAAAAAUUGCUUUUUUCAGUUUCCGACGUUCUGCCGCCUUUCUUGCCCUUGGUUGGACAUUACAAGGUAUUUUGUUCGAAAGCUAGAGAAAAGCCGCUUGAAAUUUGAAAAAUUGAAUUGAAAGGCAUCUUAUUUCGGUACAACUCGAAAAAUUCCGAUUUCUCGGCGCUCUUUUUGUUCUUUUUUCCUUUCACCAUUGCACUAAGGAACGCUAGAGUGGCCCCUAUAGGGGUCUAUGAGGAACAAAAAAGUGGUCCUUAUAGAUGUAAUGUUUAGAUGGUUUUUAGAUAUUUAAGAGUCUGAACCCCUCAAAUCUCAUAUUUUUCCCCUCCUUCAGAUUUUCUCUUUCCAGACCGCUCCCCGAUAUAAUCUGAUGGCUUGCGGGGUCAUGAAAAGCAUGUCGACGAUAAUUCUCAACACAAUGUGCUUAUUGUACAAUCCGCCGGUUUUCUUAAGAACCAAACUAAAAAUCAAUGACUCUUGGACCAAAAACAGGUUGGAGCUUUCAAAAGCGUCUUUGAACAAAACUUACACGAUAAAAAAGCUUCUAUAUAGUCUGGGUGCCAGGACUUGAAAUUUCACUGAACGACAGUCAAAGUUCAUGUGUUCCCAAAGGAACAGUCAAAAAGUGCUACCAACGCUUCGCGACCGCACGCAGCGGAACAGCGGAAUGUCGUUCGGUGAAAUUUGAAGUGUGACACAGAUUAUAAACCCCCUUUUUGCUUUUUGUCUUGAUAACUUAUUUUUUGGCCCUGCAAAAGUCUCAAUGAAUACGACAACUUCCGUGCGGCUCAUAAGGCAAUGAAGGGCAAGAACUACAAACAAGUUGUCUUUGUUCGAGAUCCAAUCGACCGAUUUGUCUCGUUUUUCGUCGACAAGUGUAUUCAGUAAGUAUCUUUAGAUACGAAAAAGGAAAUUUUUGUGAAUUUCAGCAAACGAAACCACUGUUUCGGGUGCAAAGGAAGCGUUCGAUGUGUAGCGAAAGAAUUAUUUCUGAAACUAAAAGGCUACGCCGAAGGUCAUCGGCAAGGUGUCACCUACGAAGAAUAUCACGCGGCUCCCAUUUCUUGGUUUUUUCUUUUUUUUUUAAUGUUUAAAUGUUGAAAAACUUCAUUCCUUUUUGAAGGAGCAUCGGCGAUUUAAAAGAAUUUUUCCUGUAAAAUUUCUCGGUUUUUGUAUCUUUAUAAUUCUUUCGCAAUGCCUUGCUCAUAUUUUUGAAAGAAAGAGUUACUUCAAAUAAAUCUUAAAACGGCUAGUAAUUAUGAAUAUCUCCUAAAGUGGAAAUUGCAGGUACUGUGACCUCGGCCGCAACCUCCUGAACUACAAAGUGAUCUACUUUCCGAAAAAUCGAUCCGAUCAUUUGAAACCGGUCCAGGAGUUCAUCGAUUUUUCUGUCGGAUCAACAAGUGGAACCGGAAAUUUUGGAGAAGAUCCAGUAUGA